AUGGAUGACAGUUCUCCAGACCUGUCGCUUAAAUUGCGACGGGGUUCUAGCGAUUCUCGGGAGUCGUUUUAUAUGGACUUCGCGCAAGGUAUCGACUCGGACAUCGAAGAGGUUACGACAAUUGAACGAGUGAUCCCUGAACAUCCGGGAGGGCGGACGGAGGGCGAUGCCGAUACUCUCGCGACGCCGUCCGGUCUCGAAGAGAACAAGGAAUUACCAUGGGUUAUGAUUGGACCGGAAAAAGAUCUGUGCCAGUCUAUCUAUUGA